AUGUUCUAUGGAAAGUGGACCCUGGUGCAGUACAACUUCCUUAAGUUUAAUGUUUUUCACAACGUGGCUGAGUUCUAUGGCUCUCAUCCAUGGCACUGGUACUUUACUCAGGGUUUUGUGGUCGUCAUUGGCCCUCAUCUUCCUUUCUUCCUGUAUGGAUGCACACUGGCUUCAAAAAGAUACAGAAUCAUGUUAAUAACAAUAGUCUGGACAGUAAUGGUUUACAGUUGUCUUGCGCACAAGGAGUUCAGAUUCAUCUACCCUGUUUUGCCUUUCUGCAUGGUAUUUUGUGGUAUAGCUUUGGUGAAUCUGAGAACCUGGAGACGGCCUACCGCAUGUGCCUUAUUGGUCUCCAACCUAGUCCCAGCCCUGUACACAGUUCUGCUUCACCAGCGAGGCACACUGGAUGUCAUGGGUCACCUCCAGACCCUGUGUGACAACAGCGAUCCUUCAACCCCGCCACUGCCUGAAGUCCUCUUUCUAAUGCCCUGUCACUCUACACCUUUCUACAGAAUGUCCACCAGAUCUCACAGGAGACAAGAGCUAUGUCGAUGAAGCUGAGAGAUUCUUCGCUGAUCCUCAUCAUUGGUUGACCUCAUUUCCUUAUACGUCAAUGCUGCCAACCCACCUGGUGUUCUUUGAUGUUCUGAAGAAGGAGAUCUCUGCAUUCUUGGAGGAGAAUAGAUUUAUGAGAAGUACAGAAAUAUUCCACAGUCACGUUCCUGAAGGACGAGUUGGAAAAAGCAUCCUAGUUUAUCAAAGGCACUGAACAGAAUGAGAAUACAUUUCUAAGAAGCACAAAGAUUUCCCUUACUCAUGUAUCUCAAGGACGAGUUUGAAGAAGCAUCCUAGUUUAGAAAAUGCACUGAACAGAACCAUCUUGACCAUUGGCACAAGCCAUUGGGAAGUUAUAUCAAAAUGGAUCUGUAAUGUAGAGGAAUAAAUUAUAAUUAAAACUGAAUAACAGAUUGAUCUUUUAAACACUGAAAAUAAUGCAACACCUAGCCAGACAGUCCACUAUAUUAGGGGGGGAGAAGCAAUUAAUAUUCAC